GGUGCGCGGAAGGCGAGGGAGAAGCCGGCGGACGUGGCGAGAUAUCAUUUACAAAGUCGCCAGACAGUACGCACAUGAACAUGCAGGACGACCUGAAGCGGAAGCGCAUCACGGGCAUCCCCAAGUUCCUCCGCAGCCUCUACCGCAUGCUCGAGACGGAAGACCCAAGCGUCAUCACGUGGUCCCACGACGGCAGCGCGAUCCAGAUCCUCUCGGAGCGCCGCCUCGAGACCGAGAUCUUGCGCAAGUACUUCAACCACGAGAAGGCCUCGAGCUUCCAGCGCCAGCUCAACAACUUUGGCUUCCGCAAGUGGACCAAGACGCAAUCCAACGUGUGCACGUUCAGCCACCCGAGCUUCCUCCGCACGCAGCCCGAGCUCCUUGUCCACGUUGUGCGCAAGUCGCCGCGGGCGUCGCCCCAGAGCGCAUCGCCAUCGCAUAGCGCCACCUCCUCCAAGAGCAACAAUACCAGCAACAGCCCAACGACGAUCAAGACGGAGUACACCCCCGAUGUCUUCACCUUUGACGACCAACACCUGGUUACGGACAUGUACCAUCAGCAUCCGGCGGCGAACGAGACCAAGCUCAUUGCGAUCGAGUGCAUGCACUUCCUCCCGACGUCGUCGACAACCCUCUGCGAUGUCUUUACGCUUGACGACCACAGCUGGGACUUGCCCGAGGCGACCGACGACCUCGCGGCGUUCCUCGACGACAAGCUGCUCUGGGAGGGCUUUCUCUCGGCGUGCGACGCGCCACCGCUGCCCUAGUCGCUCGUCUAUAUCUUCUGUUUUCGUUGCCGUAUUUAGAUGCAGUUUUGCACACUUGAAACCCACAAACAUACAAUAUUGUCUGUUGCUUUGUCUUG